AUGGAGCCCCUUGCGACCCGGCUUUCGCACCUGGUUCAGGUGGAGGUCCAGGCUCGACAUGAAGUAGAAGAGAAGAGGGAGCAGCUGAGGCAGCUCAUCGGCGGCUCGUACAGGGAGCUGCUGGCCACCUCCGAUGCGGUCAUCGACAUCCACGAGUCUGCCAAGCAGGUGGUGGGCCUGGUCUCCCGCAUCCAGUCCCAGAUGCAGGCUGUCGCUGAGGCAGUGGGAAAGAGCAACGCCGACAAUCGCCUCGCCAGCCCCACCUCCAAGAGCUCUACCGAGCGCCUCUAUGACGUCGGCAUCCGCGUCAAAUUCCUGCUGGACACCCCCGAGCACGUCUGGGGCUGCCUGGACGCCUGCGACUUCCUCGGCGCGGCGUGCCGCUUCCUGGCCGCGUCCGACGCGCACCGCGCGCUGACGGGGCGCGGGAAGCACGGCGUCGCGGCCCAGUUCCCCCUGCUCCAGCACCAGUGGCCGCUGGUGCGCAAGUUCCGGGGCGAGGUGCAGGGCCGGGCGGGGGAGUGGCUGCGGGACGGCGCCGGCGCGGGGGACGUGCCGGCGCGCGACAUCGCCGCCACGCUGGCGGCGCUGGCCCUGCUCAAGCCCGUGGACGGGCAAGAGCUGCUGCGCGUCCUUCUCGCCGCCCGGCGCGGCGCGGUGGAGCGCAUCCUGCGCCGGCCGCCGCCGGCAACGCCCCGGGAGGGCACGGCCACGCUGGCGGCCGCGGCCGCGCUGGUGGCCUCCACCGUCGCCACCGCCGCCCAGCUCUUCUGCGUCCUGCCCGGGGUCACUCGCACGCCGCUGGUGCAGCGCGCACUGCGCCGCGCGCCGCCGCCCGGCCCCGGCGCCGACGCGGCCGCGUCGCGCGCCGACUGGCUCGGCCACGCCGAGGCGGCGGGCGCGCGCCUGGCCACCCUGGGCGCCGGCGGCGUGGCGCUGGAGCUCGGCACCUGGCUGGACGAGGUGGCGGGGUGCUGGGCCUCGGGGGCGCCGCGCGGCGCCAUGCAGGCCGCGCGCUCCGGCCGCGAGCUGGCCGAGCUGGAGGCCGGGUGGGCGCUGGGUGCGCCGCGCCCCCUCUGGCCACUCCUGCUGGAGGACCAGCUGGUGGCCAGGGCCUGCGCUCUGGUGGACGGCGACGUGCGUGACGUCGUGGUGGGCGUCGGCGCCGCGCUGGGCGCCGCCCUGGAGGCGACGGGGUCGCUGCCCCCACCCCAGGCGGGGGACAGGGGCGCCACGCCCUGGACCCAGGCGGUGGACCUGCACAUGGGGUCCGCGGAACCCUCCGCCGCCGCGCCCGACGUCUGGCUGGCGGCCGCGGCGGCCAGUGCGAGGCUGAUGGACGAGGGCCUGGCGCACGCCGCACACGCCGCGCGCGACGUGUGCGGCGCAGAGGGCCGCGCUGCGGCGCUGGAGCCCUUCCUGCGCCGGCGCCUGGCCGGCGCGGCAGGCGAGGUGGCCGACGGCCUGGGCGCGGCGCUGGCGGGGCUUCGCGAGCGGGGCGGGCGCGACGUGCACGCUGCGUUAGUCAUCGGCCACGUGGCCGGCGCGCUGGCCACCCGCCGCGGUGGGCCCGUGCAGGACGGCGCGGGGCCGGGCGUCGGCGCGGGGGGCGCUCAGGCCGACGUGGAGGGCCUGCGCUCCGUCCAGGCCAAGCUCGGGUCGAUGGCCGAGGAGGCGUUCGAGGUGUGGGCCGACUGGGCUGCGGAGUGCAUCGCAGCCGCGUUCGGCGCUGAGCUGGCGGCCGACCCGGCACUGGCGGCCCCGCGCCCGCAGCGCGGCUGGCGCCCCGCCGCGCUGCCCGGCGCCGACGGCGGCGCCCAGGGCUUCGAGCUGCCCUUCGCGCCCUCCCCCGCCACGCUGCGCGCGCUGUGCUGCGCCGCGCGCGAGGUCGACCGCGCGGGCGGCGCGGCGCUGGGGCCCGCGCCGCGCGACGCCUUUGAGGCGCGCCUGGCGGCCGCGCUGGCGGCCGAGGUGCUGGCCGCCGUAGGAAGCGGCGGGGAGGGGCGCGCCGAUGCCGGUACCAGACCCUCCCCGCGCCUGUCGGAGCCGGGGGCGCUGCAGCUGGCGUUCGACGUGCGCCUGGCGGCCGCCGCGCUGGGGCAGGGCGCCGCCAGCGCCGCGGCACGUGGACCCAGCGCGGCCACGACGGCCACGCGCCACCACGCCGCCGCGCCCUCGGGGCCCUGGGCCGCGGCGGAGCGCGCCGUGGCUGCGCGCCUGGACCCCAUCGACUGGGCCAGCGCCCUGCCGCACCUGGCCGCCGGCGCGGCGGCCGCCCUGGCCCGCUCCCGCCUCCUCGUCGGCCUGCUGUCCGGCGGCGCGCGGGCGGCGGGCACCCCCGCCCCGGCAGGGUCGGAGUCGGACGACGCGGUGGGCGUCCUGCGCGUCGCCCCCGCCGCGCCGCGCUGCGCCCUGCUCCCCGUGUCCACCCCGCCGCCGGCGGCGGUGCCGAGGUCCCUCGCCGCUGAAAGCGACACGGGCCCCGAUGAGGCCGCCGAGCCGCGUUGCCCACUGUUCGACGCCGACGGCGGCGGCGGCGCGCACUACGGUUUUGCCGCGCUGCGCGCCGCGCUGCAGGCGCGGGCACACAAGGAGGAGAGGCCGGCGGGGCGGGGCGGGGGCCGCGGCGCGGCCGCCGCGCAGGCGCCGGGGCCCAAGGAGAUGGGCGCAGCGGCCAUGGAUGCACUGCGCGGCUCCAAGCUCGGCGCGCUGCUGGGCGACCGCGCGGCGGAGAUGACGGCCAGCCUGGGGGACAUGAGCUUUGGGACGGGGCUGCUGUCGUCCCUCACCGGCGGGCUCAGGCGCUGA